UGUUGCUUUCUCGCCAGUCACAUUCCAACUUAGUUUCUUUUCUCUGAUUUUCUCCCUCUCUGCAUCUGUUCUUCUUCUAUUUCCUUUUCUUGUUUUCUUUCUCCUUUAACCUUCUUUCCCUGUUAUCUCAUUUCCCCUCUGCCCGCCAGCCAAGUGCAGCCUGCCCCGAGACCGCGGUUCCAGCCGCCGCCGCGAAAACAUGUCCGGACAGGUUCAGCCCACUUGCUUAUGGGGAAACCUCGCCUCCUUCGCCGCCGACAUGAGGAAAAUGAUUAACGCGCCCGAGUUCAGUGAUGUAAAGUUCAUUGUUGGAAAAGAGAGGAAAGUGGUUUAUGCUCAUCGCUGCAUCUUAGCGCACCGUUGUGAGGCAUUUAGCACCAUGUUCGCCCAGCAACCUCUGUCACGUGAUGCGAAAGGAGCUGACAUUCCAUUUGUUGUUUCAGAUGUGCAGCCAGAUGUCUUCCUGGCUGUGAUUGAGUUUCUCUACACAAACUCCGUGAUGCUGAGCAGCAAAAUGGCUCUGGAAGUAUUGACAUCAGCAGUGGAAUACGGGCUUGAUGAUCUUCAGAAGCUGUGCGUGGAUUAUAUCAGCAGCACACUUACGGUAGAAUCUGCCUGUGAAGCAUUGCAGAAUCAUCCUUGUGUGCCUCCUCUGAACCCUCUCCAAUGCCAGCACAUCUUUUUUGAGAUGGGAAGCCCCAAACUGCUCACAAUACUCAAGGCGGCGGUGACAUACAGACAGACUGACAUGAAAGACAAAUGUUUGACUUUCAUCCAGAGCCACACUAAAAGUAUUGUGAAGACCCAAGGCUUCCAUGAACUUUCUGAUCCUGCCAUGCUUGUCAUUCUGCAAAGUGACAUGCUCACUAUUGAUGAGCCUGAUUUAAUUAACUUUGUCAGAGAAUGGGCACAUGUUAACUCAGUAGUUCUUGACAAGUCUGUACCAGAAAUAGCAAAGGAAGUUGUUCGUGAAUUACGCCUUUUUCUAUUGACUCCUGAUGAGCUGACAGCAUUGGAAGUGGAGAACAAGAAAGACAACUUAAUUCCUGUUUCCACCAUACGCCUUGUCUGGCCAAUGGAGAUGGAGAAGAAUUAUUGUCUACCAUUCCUGGACAUUCUAAUAUGAUGGAAACUGGACAAUAGCCUUGGGCAUGGUGUCUAUCAGAAACCCACUCACACGGACUUAUAUCUCAACAGUAACGGCCACCAUCACGCCUCCCAACAUAGAACAGUUCCUUCAACUUUGAUUAACUGUGCAAAAAACUAUUUUGGACACGGAGAGUCUCCAUGAGGAGACAGGAUGAUUAAGCACGACAUUCCUACUGAUGGCUACAAUCAGGCCCUUAAAAGGGCCAACAGAAAAAUCAUGAAACCUAACAAUGAGGAGGAACCUGCCACUGCCACCUGUCUUCCCUAUACUUCCACGAUUUCUGGAAGGAUCGCCAGGGUCCUGAAGAAAUACCAGAUUAAUACAAUCCACAAACCCAUGAGGAAGCUCAAAUCACAGCUUAUGUGAGUCAAAGAUGACCUGGGACUCAGGUCAGCUGGUGUUUACAGGAUUCCCUGUGAAUGCUGAGCAGCGUAUAUCAGCCAGACGGGACACAUGGUGGAAACCCGUAUCAAGAAGCACAGAAGGUGUAUCCAUUUGGGUUACCAGGAGAAAUCGGUGGUAGCAAAGCAUUGCAUUUGCAAUGGUCAUAGGCUUGACAAAACUACUGUGUUGCGCCAAUGGCUUUCUGGACCACCUCAUGAAGGAAGCCAUUGAAAUAAAACUAAAGGAAAAGAAUUUUAACAAAAACGAAGGACUUGCUCUAAGUAAGAACUGGAAUUCGAUUUAAAGCAAGGUGGGGCAGUGAAAACCUGAUUGGAUGGGGACUAACCAAUCAGGAGGGAUGGACAACGGGGAUGUAUAUACCACGUGACUAGACAUGCCUAGGCAUCAUCCCUGAUGAAAAUGGCAGAGUUUGUCAUCUAAAUGUCAGUUAAAAUCGAUACCUGUACCCGGCUGGAAACCCAAGAAAAGUUUAUUUGUCAUCUAUGUCAGGAAAGCACUAGAUCUUUUUUCAAGGCUGAAAGAAUACAGAGAAAAUCUGGAAGAUCUGAGUUAUAAGGAAAGAUUGAAUAGGUUAAGACUUUAUUCCUUGGAACAUAGAAGAUUGGGAGAGGAUUUGAUAUAGGUAUACAAAAUUAUGAGAGGUAUAGGUACAGAUAGGGUAAAAGCAAGUGGGACUCCAACCAGAGGUCAUGGGUUAAGGGUGAAAGGUGAAAAGUUUGAGGGGAACAUGAGGGGAAACCUUUUCACGCAGAGGGUCGUAAGAGUGUGGAACAAGCUGCCAGCACAAGUGGUGCAUGCAAGCUCGGUUUCAACAUUGGAGAGAAGUUUGGAUAGGUACAUGGAUGGUAAGGAUAUGGAGGUCUAUGGUCUCAGUGCAGGUUAAUAGGAGUAGGCAGUUUAAAUGGUUUAGCACAGACUAGAUGGGCAGAAGGGACUGUUUCUGUACUGUACUUUUCUAUGAUUCCAUGACUCUGUCUUAUUAGUAUCCUCUUUAGAUGUGGCUUGGUGACAUCACAAGGAGAGGAGAAAUUCAUUAACCUCCCCCCAACCCCAGAGUUUUUCUACUCUUCAGGAAGUUAGUGAAUAAUUCCAUUGUGCUCCAUUGCCCCCUGGCAUCUUUAAAUUUUAAAAAGUGCAAUAAAGCACUGAAAUUUAAUUUGCCUUGGUCAAUGUACAUCUAGCAGUCACACUCAUCGCAGGUGAGAGGUACAUUCAGAAGACAAAAAUGAGCCAAAAUGGAGGAUGGAUAAAUAAAAGCUCAAAUGUAGACAUCCAGGAAAAAAUAAUAUGAAUUCAGGACUACUGCAAACAUAUUUUAGCAGCAUUCUGGGUGACUGUUUUGUAAGAGGAGACAGAUAUCACUUCCUUAUUCCAAAGUAGCUCAUCAUCAACCUCCAGACGUUGGGAGUUAAUGCCUCCUUCUGCAACUGGAUCCUUGACUUUCUGACCAGCAUACACCAAUCAAUAAGGAUAGGCAGCAACACCUCUGCCACAGUUAUUCUAAACCCUGGUUUACAUCUCCAGCCCCCUAGUCUACUCUCUAUACAAUCAAGGUUGUGUGCUUGCAGAUGAUAUCACUGUAGAGGGCCAUAUCUCAAAUAAUAACAGGUCAGAGUAUGGGAAAGAGAUAGAGAGCUUAGUGACAUGUUGUCAUGACAACAAUCUUUCUUUCAAUGCCAACAAAACAAAAGAGCUGGUCAUUGGUAUCAGAAGGAGGAGCGGCACACAUGCUCAAUGUUGUUGGGUUGAGAGGGUUGAGAGAUUCAAGUUCCUAAACAUAAACCUGUCUUGGUCAAGCCACAUUGAUGUCACAGCCAGGAAAGUUCACCAAUGCCUCCAGUUACUUAGGAGGCCAAAGAAAUUUGGCAUGUUCCUUUCGACUCUUUCCAAUUUUUAUCAAUGCACCAUAGAAAGCAUUCUGUCUGAUUGCAUAACAGCUUAGCAUGGCAACUGCUCUGUAAGCGAUUGCAGAAAACUGCAGAGAGUUGUGGACACAGUUCUGCGCAUCACAGGAACCAGCCUCCCCUCUACAAACUCUGUCUGACUUCUUGCUGCCUCAGUAAAGCAGCCAGCAUAAGCAAAGAUCCAAACUACCCCAGACACUCGCUCUUCUCCCUUUUCUCAUUGGGCAGAAGAUACCAAAGCUCAAAAGCAAGUACCACCAGGCUCAAGGACAGCUUCCAUACCUCUACUAUCAGCCCUUUGAGCAACCUCUUGUAUGAUAAGAUGGAUUCUUGACCUCACAAUCUACCUUAUUAAGAUAUUGCACUCUAUUGUUUACCUGCACUGCACUUUAUCAGUAGCUUUUACAUUUUACUCUGCAUUGUUAUUACUUCACUUUGUUCUAGCUCAGUAGACUAUGUAAUGAUUUGAUCUGUAUAAACAUUAUACAAUACAAGCAAUACACGCUAUCUUGGUACAUGUGACUUUCAUAAACCAAUACCACUGCUAGUGAAUGGAUUAUUGAUGACUUAUUUCAUAAUUGCAUCAUCUUUCAUCUCCCUCACUUUAGCCAACUGCCUGUGGGUGAAUGUUUGUAAAAUGUACCUGUUUUCAGAAAAGCUUCUGUUUAAUGCAUGUGCAAAGGCUGCCAAUAUCAUCGGUAUCAUCGGUAAGCUGAAGUAAUAGGCACAGAUUUCACACCAUGAGAGAGAUUAUGAUAAAGCUCAGAACCUGAAGGAAAUCACGGAGGUGGAAUACUAGAGGAAGCAAUAAAUCAAAUAAAGUGCAGGGAAUGAUUAUGUAGAGAGGAUGCAAAAAUUGAUUCCCCUUGAAUAUUUUGUUCAUCUAAGAGAUUUACAGAGAAACAGGUGUACUCAUUCCAUUGCAAAUCUUCAUGUCUAGAAAUUGCAGUUUUUUUUCAUGAGGCAUGCUAAAUCUGUGUUGUGUCCAUUGUUAGCACCCAUAAAAAAUGUGAAAUUCACCGGGACACUCUUUAAAGCAGUGAUAAAGCAGGACUUGUGCCUGAAGGGAUUAAGCUUAAUGUAGUGCAACUUCAGACAGCUUGCUGUGCACCAGUCUGAGAAAGGCAGCUGGUUUUAAAGGCACACUCCCCAUGGCAGUCAGAGACCAGUAAUACCGUAACACCAUAAGACAUGGGAGCAGAAUAAGGUAAUUUGGUCCAUCGAGUAUGCUCUGCCGUUAGAUCAUAGCUGAUUUAUUAACCCUCUCAACCCCACUCUCCAACCUUCUCUCUGUAACCUUUGACUCCCUGACUAAUAAAGAACCCUAUCAACCAACCUCUGCUUUAAAUGUAUCCGAUGACUUUGCCUCCACUGCCAUCUUGGCGAUGAAUUCCACAGAUUCACCACCCUCUGACUAGUGAAACUCCUCCUCCUCUUUAUUGUAAAUGGACAUCACUCUAUUCUGAAGCUAUAUCCCCUGGUCGUAGACUCCUGCAUUAUAGGAAACUUUCCCUCUGCAUCCGCUCUAUCUAGUGUGACGAGAAUACACAUAAAUUAAGAUGUUUGCUGGCCUGGGCUAGCAUCAGUGGCAUCAGCAGUUGGUUUGCCACCUGUCCUCAGGGGAAGGAGAGAUAAGGAACAAUGAAGCAGCAUCUGGAGAUGUGUAAUGAAGGGACGGGAGAGAGAGCUGUCUAGAGCGGCUCCCCCUUUGAACCCUGAACUGUUUGAAGUGAUGGACAGGCGAUACCCCAGUAGGGGGAUAAAAAGGGACAGGUUCGCUAAGGCAGGAGACACACGACACCCCGAGGUAACGAGACCCUGGAAGCGGUGCGCCUCUCACAAGUCGGCUGGAUGGCUGAUCAGGGGAUCGGCCUUAAACGCACAGGGUGGAAAGGUACGAUCAGCGGGAACCCGGUGUGUGUCCACCCUCGCUUGGGUGCCGGGUUCACUGCAAAGGAUCGACCGCAUCUGGAGGAGGGGUCACAGUCGGUGACCUCAGGUGACAUCACAAAGGACCUGCCUGAAAGCUGCUUGUGAGCAAUAUCGCCGGUCUGUGAGUGGAAGCCGUUCUGAAUGAUCAGUCGUUCUUGUUCUCUCUCUCCCUCCCCCCCCCACAUUGUCCAUCGCCAUGGCAACGAUUACUGCGAACUGAACUAAAUUGAACUGGACUUUGUGUGUCACUUUGAAAUUGGUCAUUUACCCCUAGACAACGAUAGAGCUUGAUUGAUCCUGUUAUUUUAAUUCUGUGCACAUGUGUGUUUAUCAUUGCUGAACUGUUGCAUUUAUUAUCCUUUCGAUUACUGUGUUGCUUGUUUCUUUAAUAAAACUUUCUUAGUUCUAGUAAUCCAGACUCCAACUGAGUGAUCCAUUUCUGCUGGUUUGGCAACCCAGUUACGGGGUACGUAACACUAG